GGGGGCCACACAUCGCCCCUGCCUUUCUUGCCGCCCCCAGGCCUUCCAUAGACUGAUUGUAGGAGUUGCAGAAAGGGCUCCAUUGGCGGUUCUUGGACUUUUGCGGGAAGGAUCCUUUGAGAAAGUUUUGGCAACGGGGUCGGCGGUAGGGUUGCGCUGUGGGGUCCCUUUGUCGCAGGAGGAUUUGGCGGGAUGGAUGUGACACAAGCAUCCCUCGGGCCCGUCUCUUCCUCAUGGCUUGGUCUGUGCAGUCAACAAACCGUGGCGGCAGCUCAGAGAGCUUCCAGGGCUCUGUCUGGGCCUUGUCGCCUGCUUCCCAUGCCUGCAUGCGCUGGCCUAACGUACUCGGGUCAGAUCUUGACAAGGCAGACUUCAAAGCUCUUUAGUCUAGUUGGGGUUGGGGAGGGUACCCAGUACAGUAGGGCUUCCUGCGCUCCCCGUUGCUUUCAGUCGAGAGCUGCUCUUGGAGGAUUCCAAGAUGGGCCUAGGGAUGGUGUUAAGGGGCUGGCUGGGCACAACCGGCUCGCUAGAAACGGCAGUCCAGCUUUCAUGGGGUCAGAUCACGCUAGAUUGGGAAAUGGAAACAGUUUCGAGUUGGUGACUCGGCAGGGCGAGGUACUCAAGGAGCAGAGUAACGCAUUGGAAAGGGAAAUCUUGCGGGCCGGGGAGGGAGCAUAUGGGGCAAUUGCGACGGCCUUCUCGACAAUGGUAUUCAUGCUGAGGGCCAUUCAGAGUUAUGCGAUGCAUCUCAGGCAGCACCUGUCACCCCUACAGAAGCACGAUAUUCAGGAGUUGAUGACGAUCGUGCAACAGGAGAUCCACAGCUCUCUGCUAUGGCUCUUUCAGACCGUGUUCUCAGCGACGCCAGUACUGAUGGUGUCGGUCAUGCUCCUGCUGGCAAACUUCACGGUCCAUUCAGCUGGCAGUCUGGCCUCUCCGGAAGUUGCCGUCCUCGAUCUCCUCAGCGCCUCUCCAAUUGUAAAGGGCCUAGCACACCAGGAGGCAGCCUCAGAGUCUGGUAGAACUCAGGCUGAGGCUACAAUAACCAGGCAGCUCUAUCAAUCGCCUGCAACUGAGAGCGGAGGUGCCGGCCAAUUUCCUCUGAGGAAGAUAGCACAGAAGGGCAAGGAAGGCAGUCCUGGCCAGGCAGUGCAGCUGCGACGAACUGCAGUCAUUAGAGAAGAGGAGGCCACCCCUACUUCAAGCAGCACAAGACAAAGUGCCAACAGCCAAGCAUCCACCUCCCCCAAACAGGAUCCUCUCUACAUGCAAGGCCUCUUAGAGCAGGCCGCCAAAGAGAUGGAACUCGAGGUUCCCUAUCACCAUGUCAGGCUAGACCAGGAGGUCAUCCGGCAGCUAGUUGCCCCGCUCAGCGUCGAGGUCGACCCGGACAAUUACCCGUGUUUUGAUAGGACGGAGCUCCAGUACCUGAACGCCAUCGCAAAGGAACCCUCCAAUGCCCUGCUGCUCGGCAACAUGGCGAUGUUUAUGUACGUCGUGCGGAAAGACAAGGAACGGGCACAUUCAUACUUCAAGCAAGCUCUGGAUGCGGACCCUGAAGAUGGCGAGACAUUGAGCCGCUAUGCCUCCUUCUUGUGGCUCGGCUUGGGGAACUACGAACGGGCGGAGGUGGCUUACAAGGCUGCAAUUGCAUCUGAUCCUACAAAUCCAUAUUUCACUGGCAGCUAUGCGCACUUUCUCUGGCAUGCUCGGGACGAUGAAACCUCUUGCCCAAUUGGCGGGGUUUGCUAGGGCCCUAGAUAGAAAGUACAAGACCUAUGCGAAACAGUUGACCGCCAAUACUUAGGUAAAAUCAUAGAAGUCAAUAGUUCACCAUCCAAUUCUUUUGGGAGCGCUGUGUAGAGCUCCUAGAGUAGAGGGGUCACUCUGACAGUCAGUACAUUGAUAUUCCCGAAGCUGUCAGAUACGGUUAAUAUAACGCGCCAGAACCCGCCAGUACAGAGUCCGAACGAUUUUUGUGAUACCACCUGAUGAUGGGCCCCCAUUAGGUACCACAUAAGGUGCAGGCCGAAGCUAAAAGGUUUCUCUGGCUGCAAUCCCAGUGUCUUGGAUUAUGCACUUCCAUGCAACUCAGGUAAUGGUUAUACUUGGG